AACCAACAUAAACGAGGCAUGACAAGUGGGUCAUCGAGGUUUUCCUUGAUCAAGUUAAUGAUACUCGUCCCCCUGACUCUGGACAACAUGGUUCUCCCAGCUGCGACGAACCGGUAUCCUCAUCAUCAGGUUGAGAGAAAGAUCAAUAUGGAACAAUCGAAGAACAUCUCCGACGAGUUUAUCUGCAAGGAAGUGCAACUACGGUCUUAUGUCCUUGAUGAUUUGUUUCAAAAGGCUUACCCUAAUCAAGGAAUGUACAUUUAUCAUCCUAUGUACGUUGUGCUGAAACGAUGCGACGGCCACUCCGGAUGCUGUAACAGCAGUUUGAGUCGCUGCGCACCCGUGACAAUUGUAUACGACGACGUGGAAGUAAAAAUUGGAAGUUUUAUCAACGAUUUGAAGAUAAGGGGGUGGAUCAGAGUGGAGCAACAUCGCGAAUGUUCCUGUAAACCGACCUCGAAGAAAGAGAAGUUUGAACGAGAACCCGAAGUGUUUCUUCUUUAAUAUGAAUCGUAAGGUACCAAGGAAACGAUAAUAUUGACUCAUGAAGAACACGGAGAUGAAAAUAAUUUCUACAUCGGUUAGUUCGAAAACAGUCAGUGCAGGCUGUGUGCUCCAAUACAUGGAAGACGGUACAGAAUUAGCACAAAAGUUAACAAUGUGACUUUUCAGCAUUGAACUUUCGAAGAACUAGUGACGGACACCUGUUUUAAUUAAUAUAGGUGCCAUUGCUUUUAAUAAUAAAACAUUAACAAAUCAUCAACUGUUAAAAGUAAAUUGUUUGUAUCACUAGUCAUACUUUCACUUAUUUUAAAAUAAAAUAGAAAAGGGACCAAAGUGUGUAUAUACAUACACUCUUAACUAAAAAGACUUU